AGAAAAGGAUAAUCACGUCAAAACACUUGUGUACAGAAUCUAACCACAUUAGGCUUAUAGCAAAGAAUGACGUUGUACUAUCUCGCGAUAGUCAGAUGGGGUUGUGGGAUGUAAACUAUCAUGGCGACGUACUGAAGUUGGCAUGUGUAGCAGUAACUGAAUCUUGACAGCUAGGUAUUGGAGUGUUUUUGCUGGUGAAUGGUCUCAUUUCAUAGCACUUUGAUUAUCCCCGGGCAGACUUCAGAAUGCAGCACGACGACGUUCUUUGGGAUGUUAUUGGAAACAAACAGUUUUGCUCAUUUAAAGUGAGUGUCACAAGCCAGGCAUUUUGUCAUAACCAGUACACAGUGACAGGACUGGCAAACAGGUCUUCAUCCCCUUUGGCAAAAACAAAGUAUCUCACCAUCCGUGACGACAAAGGACAGUGUUAUCUGUACAUGAAGGUAAUAGAAAGAGCGGCCUUUCCAAAUCGAAUGUGGGAAAAGGUCAAGUUAAGCAAGAAUUAUGAAAAAGCCUUGGAAGAGCUAGACGAACACCUUAUUUACUGGCCACGUUUCAUCAGACAUAAAUGCAAGCAACGGUUUACCAAGAUUACACAGUACCUCAUUCGAAUACGAAAGCUUACACUUAAACGACAGAGAAAACUUGUUCCUUUAAGUAGAAAAGUUGAGAGAAGAGAAAAAAGGAGAGAGGAAAAGGCCCUGAUUGCUGCCCAGCUGGAUAACGCUAUAGAAAAGGAGUUGCUGGAGAGACUGAAAGAAGGAACGUAUGGUGACAUCUACAACUUCCCUAUUCAUGCCUUUGAUAAAGCUUUACAGCAGCAGGAUGCUGAAAGUGAAUCUGAAUCUGAGGAGGAGGAGAAAGACAAGGAUGCUGGCCAAAAAGAAUUUAUUGAAGAUAAUGAGAUAGAGGAAAGUGACAUCAGUGACUUUGAGGAUAUGGAUAAAUUGGGCUCUGAUAGUGAGGAAGAGGCAUCCACUGAGGAAGAAGCUGCUGAAUCUGAAAAAGAAACUGAAAGAGAAGAGGAAGCUGUUUCAUCUUCAGGAAAAAAGUCAAAGGGUAAAACUCCUCUUAAGGGACCAAUUAGAAGAAAACGAGCAUUUGUGGAAAUCGAAUACGAACACGAGACAGAACCAGCAGUAAAAGCAAAAGCUACUUGAAGUGUUUGACUACAGCUGCUGUUACUGUAUUGUAGCUUUUUGUGUGUAGAACAUGCAAAAGAGAACCAUGAGAAGAUUGUAACUCCCUGAACAGCGCACCUUGCCAUUUGAUGUUUUGUGGUUAUACAUGGACUGCUGUUAGAUAUAAGCAGCUUGAUGUUUUGCCACUUUUUUGGUCAGUCAUUAAUUAGAAUUACUCACAGGGUUACAGAACAUCAUUUUUACCUUGAGGUUGAAAAGCUAAACUGCCACAAGCAAGACAUUCUUGUCAAAAGGAAAGAAAAACACAACUAUUUUGUUUGUGAUUUCAUUGUAUUUUAGUGGAGGUUAAGUAGUUGCACACACAGAUGUGAAUAAGUAAUCCAGUAACUGGACUGCCCUAUUUUGGUGCCAUUUUGUAAAUGGUUAAAAUACAUUUUUUUAAGGAGA